UUAAACCCGGUAUUUAUAUUACAAACAAUGCUUUCACUUAAUAAAUCGAGAAACUGUGAUGUCGCUACUUUUGUAAAAUUUUAUAGAACUUUUACCACUAAACAAAGAAAUGUUAGGGAUAUCGAUUAUCAAUAUUUACAAAGAAGCAAAGUGCCUACAAUGCACUUUCAGAAGUCUUUACCUCGUUUGCCCAUUCCCGAGUUAUCAAAAACAAAUGAGCGAUACCUCAAAGCAUUAAAACCCCUUUUAUCCAAUGAUCAAUAUACAGAGGCUGAGCAAAGAACACAGGAGUUUAUAUCCAAGGAUGGGAAGAAAUUGCAAGAAAAACUGAUAUUGAAAGAUAAAGCCAAUAAGCACACAAGUUAUAUCUCAGAGUACUGGUUUGACCUUUAUUUAAGAGAUCGUGUGCCUCUUCCUAUUAAUUACAAUCCACUAAUAGUGUUCCAGUAUGAUUCCAAACCAGGUUACAAUGACCAAUUAGUACGGGCAACUAAUUUGUUAAUUAGUGCUGUAAGGUUUAUGAACUCCUUAAGAGAAAAUAUAUUGGAACCUGAAGUAUUUCAUCUUCAACCAAGAAAAAGUAAUACACCUUUGUUUCGAAAAGUAACGGGCUUCCUACCUGAAGCUUUAUCAUGGUAUGGAGCAUACUUAUUCAAAGCCUUUCCAUUAGAUAUGAGCCAAUUUCAUGGAUUGUUUGGAGCAACUCGCAUACCAUUGUUUGGUAAAGACAGAAUCUACAGGGAUCCUAAAAGCAAACAUAUUCUGGUUCAAAGGAAUGGACAUUUCUAUGUCUUUGAUGUAUUGGAUGGAGAUGGAAAUUUGUUGUUACCUUCUGAACUCCUUGCAAAUCUAUCAAAAAUCUUGAAUGAUAAUACAGAGAAAGCUCAACAUCCUUUGGGAGUCCUAACAUGUCAAAAUCGUGAUGAAUGGGCCAAACAGAGGAAACAUUUAGAAGAGACCGGCAACAGGGAGAUGUUGCAAAAAAUAGACUCUGCUAUUUUUAAUCUCAUAUUAGAUGAUGUAAGCAUAAGUGAUGAUAAGCAUAAGUUAUUGAAACAUUUCUUGCAUGCAGAUGGCACAAACAGAUGGUUUGAUAAAUCAUUUAGUCUUAUUGUGACUAAAGAUGGAUGUUCUGGAGUCAAUUUCGAACAUUCGUGGGGCGAUGGUGUUGCAGUGCUAAGAUUCUUCCAAGAACUUUACACGGAAACUACAACCAAACCUUUUGUUCAUCCUGAUAGCAAACCAGUUAGUAAUAACAUUACUGUAACCAAGUUAGACUUCAAACUAGAUGAUAAAUCCAUAAAUUUCAUAGAAAACGCAAAAAAAGAAUAUAAAGAGUGGUGUGACUCACUGAGUAUAGACUAUAUACUCUAUGAAGGUCUGAAUAAAGAAGCAUGUAAAAAGUUUAAAGUCAGCCCUGAUUGUAUAAUGCAACUCGGUUUUCAGGCAGCUUACCAUCUUCUGCACGGGAAGUAUGUGGGUACAUACGAGUCCUGCAGCACGUCAGCUUUCAAACACGGCAGAACUGAAACUAUGCGACCUUGCACCGAACAAACUAAAUUAUUCUGCGAUUCACUACACUUGAAUAAGUGUUCAAAGGAUGAAUUACGUUCGAUGAUGCAAGAAUGUUCAUCAUAUCAUACUCAACUGGUGAAGGAAGCCGCAAUGGGGCACGGGUUUGAUCGCCAUCUCUUCGCUCUUAUGAAAUUAGCAGAAGAAAAUAACUUAACAAGACCGCAAAUAUACGAUUCCUAUGAAUACAAGUAUCUUAAUAAAUCAAUUCUAAGUACAAGCACUUUGUCAGCUCCUAGUGUAAUGGCCGGUGGUUUUGGACCCGUCGCUAGAGAAGGUUUUGGAAUUGGAUAUUCAGCAUUCCCGGAUAAGCUGGGAGCAGCUGUGACAAGCUACAAGGCUCACAAUGAUAGCUCUCAAUUCAUUGAAGCUCUGCAUAAAUCAUUUAUAGAUAUAACCAACAUACUUUCUAGCUAAUAAAAUUAAAGUUUUAAAUAUGGACCAAACUAUAAAAACUGCCAACU